GAUAGAUCACGUGAUAUCACAGUUCACCACUGCGGCAGGCUUUGUUCAAUACUAAUCUAAUUCUCCUGCCCUAAAAUACUACUAACGGGCGACAUCCUUCUCUGAGAUGCAUCUUUAGUUUUGAUUUAAAUCAAAAUCUAAACGCGCUAUCACUAGUAGAAAAUUUGGGUCUAUUUUCCCAAUGCUGCAUAUGUUGCUGCAUAAUAUGAACACUCCCAAUGUAAAUUUUCAUUACCUACAAUCAGUCACGUGAUUUUUUUUUAUCCAAUGAAUUUACGGCUAACUUGUUGACCAACGCCCGUAAGGAAAAUUUUUCUCGUUCUUUGGAUUUCAUGUGCAAAGUUGGGUCCACCAUGGCAACUAAGAACGACUUUAAAUUGAACUUGCAAGAUUUAUUUGAGGAAUAUGCUUGGAGGCGAUUUAAUGAUACCAGAAACGUCUUCAGCCGCAUGUUCAACAGGCGUUCUAAAUUCUAUAUCGAUGUGCGUUGGGGGUAUAUUGAAUUCAAACACGAAACAACAAGAUUCGAAGAGAGACCGGAUGUAGUCGACGUCACACCCGCCGAAAUUUCCGUUUCUGAAGUGAGCGAUGUUAAGGGAAGUCCAAAAGCAUCAAAAGACGUUAUUCUGUAUCAGUCCGACUAUGAAAAUAGGACCCCGAUGGAUCAGGAAUAUAAUUUCAGUUCCACCAGAGACACCACAAACUCCACGACUGUAGAGCUUCAGGAGAACUACACAAAAGGAGGGGAGUGUAGCCUUGAAAUAAGCGUCCCAGGAGACCUAGUGACGGUCGGCGCGGGUCUGAGUGGGUCACUGUCCGUUACAAAAACCGAGACGGAGACUUUUGAGACCACCACGUCUUGGACGGUGGACACGAAAAUUAACGUCCGGAAAGGACAUAGGGCCGAGGCCAAAGUCCACGUGUCAGAGCGGAACUCCGUGGCGGACUUCGAGGUCAAAACCACAAUGAAAGUGAUAGACGGGAAAGAACUCUUGAUAGCGAUCCGAAGGGUGUCGGACGACAAACUAGUGCACAUCGUGGGCGUACCUGAUUUGCUGGAUGUAUUCUACAAACUUGUGGAAACGAAUCCCAAUGUGGAGAAAUUGGAGUAUCUCGAUAAAUCGAGGAGUACUCCCCGCAAGCGUCAUAAAGUUAUACUAUACUCGCGUGGCACGUGUAAAAGCAUGUCGUGGAAAAACCAACACGUUGAGGUACAUUCCGAAAGGAUUCCUUCGUAUUCAUAUGAGGAGGACGAAUCUACCAAAGAUGAUAAGCAAUGAGAUAUUGGUUGUAUUUAAAGUCCCAUUCAACCUGUAUUGUGUAUAAACUAGGAUUAUAUCCAACAUGUAGUGAUGAAAUAUAAAAACGGGGGAUUAUUCGGAUAUAUACAUACUACAUACAUGUACAUGUACAGUUUCACUGCUGCGUAAUGAAAUGGUGACUGAAGAAAAUGGAAAGGAAUCCUGUCAUAGUUUAUAGUUGAUCUGUCAAAAUUAGGACAGGCUGUAUUAAGAGUGACUGUAGUUUUGUCCCAUAAUACUCGUUAAUACUAUGGAAAGCCAACUGGGUUAAAAUUUUAUCCCAUACACAAUUCAUCACUCGUUCAUUGUAGAUGUAAAAAUUGUUAAUUUAAAGAGUGUGCACACCUUCUUGGUAUGCAUUGUAAUAGAAAACUGAUUUUAAUGAUCUUUCCAAGAUUUUCGUAUAAUGUAGAGAUUUGGUUUGUGUGAACUCUGGCGGAAGUUUGACCUGGACUUGAUCACUCUAUUGUCAAUUGGGAAACCGGGAUGUACCAUUUUCAUAUUCACGAUCAAGUUCAGUAAAAACAAAAACGUUCCCAGUGACCAAGGUAGGAGACACCUCCACCACACCACCAUCAUCAGCAUCAUCAUCGCAUUUAACAACAAAACUUAAACCGCCGGGACCAUCAAUAAUAACUAUUCUUUUAUGAUAUGAGGUUUUAUUGUUCCAUCUAACAUUCACAUUAACAAAAGGACAAUUCCUGUCAAUCAAUGAUAGUCACGCCCAUACAAUAAACACGUGAGCUUCAUACACCAUCUACACCUAUACAUACGAUAUAUCACUAAUCAUCGACUUCAGAGGUUGUAAAUGUACUGGAAUCAAAUAUCCCAGAAAAGUUAAUGACGAAUCUUACUAUCAAAGAUCUCCUCUUCGAAUAAAAAACGUUGAUAGUGGAUAACACGAUCCGAUUAUUUUGGACAUGGGCCAUUAUAUGAUUUGCCUCCAAUUAAAUCGAAUGAACAGCUAUCCUUAGUGUCUACAUAUUGCCCUUGCUUCACAUAUUGUAUUUUUGUAUGUUAUAUAUACUUUUUGGGUGGGUGGGGGUGUAACUUUUAUAUGUGUGAAUGAAUUUGAACUUUUUUUGUAAAUUUCUAUUCAGUUUUCCAUUUAUUUAGCACUGUUUGUAUACAACAUCAAGCUAAAUAAAAAUAUGAGAAAAUAA